AUUUUAGCUACAAGAUGCGCACUUGCUAUGUAACCUUUGGAUUUCAUAAACAUUGGCGUUUAACCACAAAAAGUAAAUUAUGUUUAACUUGAAAGCACUGCAGAAGAACAAGACUGUUAGAUAUGGGGUGCCAAUGCUUCUGCUGGUGGUUGGCGGUUCUUUUGGCCUGCGGGAGUUCGCGCAGAUUCGCUACGACGCCCAGAAGCUCAGGAGAAAACUGGAUCCCUCACUAGAGGCCAAAGUGAGGCCUGUCACUUUGGAGCAAGAGUAUGAGAAGAUGAUCAUCAAUGUGGACGAAUGGAAGAACGUCCGUGGCCCCCGGCCGUGGGAGGACUCUCGGCAGUACCAGGAGCAGAUGCGCCGCAAGGAAACGUGACCGCAGGGAGCCACGACACACACUGCUUUUAUGUAUGCACAGUGAGAUAUGAGUUGAACCUCAACCAAAAGUCCAAAGAAUAUGGAAUCAGAACUGUGUCAGAAAACUUUUGGCGUCAAAAUAAACCUCCUAAAUUGCAAACAGAAAAUAUGAUUUCGAAUGGAAGACAAGCAAACACAAGUCUAUGAAAUCUAAAACUAAACACUUGCAAUCUUUACAAUUCGCUUUUUCCUUCUAUAACUAUAAAUAAUAUGUUAAUGAAAGUAUACUUUCUGCACAUAGUGAUCCCUCGCUACUUCGCGCUUCAAACAUCAUGCCCUCAAUCCAUCGUGGAUUUUUUUCAAUAAAAAAACAAAACAAAACAGUAUUUUAUUUACAAAUGUUAAUAUCUAUGCAUGUACAGUAAUCCCUCACUACUUCGCGCUUCAAAAUUUGCGCCCUCAGUCCAUCGCAAAUUUUUUUCAGUUAAAAAAAAAUAUAUAUACCGUAAUUUCUGGACUAUUGGGCGCCUCACCCAGUGCAUUUUUAAAGGAAAAACCAUUUUGUACAUACAUAAGCCUCUCCUGGCUAUAAGCCGUGUGUGCCCACUUAGUAACAUGAGAUAUUGACAAAGAAAUACACACAGUUUUCAAAAUUUUAAUAACACACCUUAACUUUUCAUUCCAAUCAGCGCCAGCAAACACGGCAGUUAUAUAGCAGCGGCACAGAAGUUACAUAGCAUCAGCACGGCGGUACAGCACAAAUUGGGCUGGUUUUUAAAAACAUAAAAGUUUUUGUUAGCAAUCUUCAUCUUCCUCCUGUGCAUUCAAACCAUGGAAGUCUUCACCCGCAGUGUCAGAUAUGAAGACGCUCAGAUACACUUCGCCACGCACUUAACAAAUUACAUUUGCAGUGCUUAAAAACCAUUCAUAAAAAUAUACAUGAAAGCAUUUUUUUUUAAAUUAUACUUUGGGAUAAAAAGGGGAAAACAAGUCUUUUAUGUAACUCUUUCCAAUGCUGUUAAAUCUGAAUGAAUACAUUGAAGACACUUUUUUUAUUAAAUUCCAAAUAAGCUUGAUCCCCAUUAACCACGAAAAACGAGGGAUCACUGGAAAUGACUAUGUAUAUGAGUGUAUUGUAUUGCUGUGAUUUUUAAAAUCAAACCAUUUGUUCCUGUCAGUUCAGAUGUGUUUUUUUAUUAUUUGGAGCUUAAAUUCUGUCAGCUUCAUGUUUCUUUUGCUUGUGUAUUUUCAGGCGAUUAAGCAGAUCUUUUGUUUUUUUCCAUUAGGAUGGACAUCUAAGUCAUCAGACUGCUUCACAAUAAAGCUGCCACUGUUAUUUUAUAGCAUUUGUUGAGCAACCUGAAUUAAUUUCAAUAUAACUAGAUGCUCCGUAGUGACAACAUGCUUUCUGUUAGUGUGCUAAAUCCUCUAAAAUGUUUGAAACUAAUCAUGUCUUCAAAGAACCAAGUCAACAUAUCAAGAUCAGUGUUUAUUGUCUAAAAUGAAUUCAAUAUACAUUGACAUCAGCAUGUUCUUGCAGCAGUGCCUAACAUGUGCAAUAUUGUCAAGUCAGCCAGGAGAGACCCUUCUCCUUGGUUGGGACAAGAAUAAUAGACCCUGCGGCGAGUAGAUUUGCUUGCAAAUCCAUCACAAGUGUAAAAAGACUUGUAGCGGUAGUGCGGUUUCAGUCAAAAACCAAAUGGCAGAAAAAGUGACAUCCAGUGGUCAUAUUGAAUGUGGAUUCUUGUAAAACCACUUCAAAAAAUUUAAACCGAGUGUCUCCAAUUGGCCACAACUGUAACUGUAGCCUCACCAUGGCGACGACAUGCACAAUAAAAUGGGUCAUUCCGGAAUCGGAGGAUAUUUUACGACCUAUCCUUCAAAUUUUAAAUAAUCCAGAACCUACAGCAGUUUAUGAGUAAAUUUACUGGUCCUUAGACCAAAUCUAAAAGAUCAAAAACUAGUGUGCUAUGAAAGGCUGUAACAAGGAACAUGCAUGCCCUUUCCUGGCUAUCUUACAUUCGUGAAGUUGGCCCCCCAUCAGAUGCAAAUUUAUAAAAAAAAAAAAAAAAAAAAAUCAUGUCAAUCAUGUGUGCUAUGUUUGUGCUGUGAAAAGUUUUGUUUGUUCUGUCAUUUUUUAGAUAAUUACAAUUGUUUUAUAGGUCAAUCUGACGUCAUCCAGCCCCUCAUUUCGAUUAAAUGGCUAAAAAUAGUGACAAUCGUUAAUGCUGUAAAAGGUUUCGUUUGUGCUAUCGUUUUUGCGAUAUUAAUUUCGAGUGAUGACGUCUCACAGCCCCCAUUUCCUGCAAAAUGGACCCGAAGGGUUGAUCAUUUGUUUAUGCUUCGUUUGCGCUAGUUGUAGGGACACCCCUCUGUUAUUGAGAGUUGGUACACUCCGUCAGUUGCGACGGAGGGGCUGCGAUUGACGUCAUCACUCGAAAUUAUUAUCUCAAUAGCUAUAAAAUCACAGCAGCACAAAUGAAAAUUUUUACAGCACAAACGAAACAUGCGAUUGACACAAUUUUUAAUCAAAAAGGGGUUCUGGUUGAACUCUGACUGACCUAUAAAAGAAUUGUAAAUACACUACCGUUCAAAAGUUUGGGGUCUAAGUGACCCCAAACUUUUGAACCGUAGUGUAUCAUAUGGGAUUUUUCAUUAUGUACACUACGGUUGAAAAGUUUGGGGUCGAGAACGGUAGUGUAUCUCAAAAACGAUAGCAGCACAAAUGAAACUUUUUGCAGCACAAACAAUUCACAUCAUUGUUAUCUAAAUUUGUGUCUAAUGGGGGCCAACUUAAUGGAGGUGGCUAACUUAUAACCUAGAUGCAACAGUCCAUAUGUAAAAAAAAACCCCAAACAUAAAAAAAAAAAAAAAUUGGCUCUGAGGAUUGAUGUGUAUGAAUCCCAAGGAUCCCGUAUUCCAUUGUGAUUUGUCCAUGAAUAAUGGAGGAAUAGUUAAAAAUAAUGAAAGUGUACACACCCCCAACUACAACAUGAGCUGUGACAGUGUCUACUACUAAACCCUGUAACCUGCAACCCUGUUACUGUGAUAUGCUGAAUGGAAAUAUCAAAUAAAUCAUAAUAAAAAUGUAACCACUCAUUUGUAAGAUGAGCUAAUCAGGACUGAUAGUUUUAUUGAUGAAUGUGUACAGCGGUAUGAAAAAGUAUCUGAACCUUACAUAAAAUCACCAUCAAAUGUGAGCCGAUCUUUGUCAAAAUCACACAGAUGUAAAAACUGUCUGCUUUAACUAAAACCACCCGAACAUCUAUAUGUUUUCAUAUUUUAAUGAGGAUAGCAUGCAAACAAUGACAGAAAAGGGAAAAAUAAGUGAACCCUCUGCCUAAGGAGACUUACCCAUUUUUACCCAAAAAUUUAAGUCAAUGUGUGCCCUAUCACUGAUGAGUGGUUUAAAGCUGCCCUUCCCAUUAUGAAACACACACCUGGUAAGAAUUUUCUUGAUGAGGAGCAUUGUCUGAUGUGCAUCAUGGCUCGCUCAAAAGAGCUGUCUGAAGACCUGCGAUCAAGGAUAAUUGAUUUGUAUAAAGCUGGGAAAGGAUGAAAAACCAUCUCUAAAAGUCUGGAUGUUCAUCAAUCGACAGAGAAGUUGUCUCCAAAUUGACAAGAGUUUGGCACUGUUGCUUCCCUGCCAAGAAGUGACCGUCCACCAAAGAUGAUGCCAAGAGUUCAACGCAGAAUACUCAGAGAGGUAAAAAAAGAACCCUAAAGUAUCUGUUAAAUACUUACAGAAAUCACUGGCACAGUCAAAUCUCUCUGUGCACACAUCAACUAUAUGUAAAACUCUGGCCAAGAAUGGUGUUCAUGGGAGGGAAACAUUUUUGCUAGUUUAAUGUUCGCAAAAAGGCACUUUGACACCCCACAGAAGUUUUGGCAAAAUAUUUUGUGGACUGAUAAAAACCAAAGUUGAAUUGUUUUGAAGUAACACACAACGUCAUGUGUGGAGGAAAAAUGGAACAGCUCACCAACAUCAACACCUCAUCUCCACCGUGAAGCAUGGUGGAGUGAACAUCAUGAUUUAGGGCUGUUUUGCUACCUCAGGGCCUGGACAACUGGCAAUAAUUAAUGAAAGAAUGAAUUCAAAAGUUUAUCUGCCUCAGAACCUGGACAACCUGCAAUAAUUAAUGGAGGAAUGAAUUCAAAAGUUUGUCACAAAUGCUUUGCAGGAAGACAUGAGGCCGUCUAAACGCUAGGCGAAGAAGAGGAUGGAUGCUCCAACAAGACAAUGAUCCAAAACACAGAAGUAAAUCAACUUCACAAUGGUUUCAGAAGAACAAAAUACACAUUGACAGACAUGUUACAGACUUGAACCCCUUUGAGAUGCGGUGGCAUGAACUAAGGACAACGAUUCAUGCCAGACAUCCUAGGAAUCUGACUGAACUACAGCAGUUUUGUAGAUAGGAGUGGGCCAAGAUUAGUCCUGAUCGAUGUGCCAGACUGAUCUGCUGCGACACUAAGGGGCAGUUUACAUGGCGACUCUGCGACACAAAGACGCAAUAACUGAGUUGCGGACUCGCCUCGCGUGCAUAUGGUGUCGGCGAAGACGAAAGGCGAAGACGCAAAAUUCUGAAUCCUGCCUCGAAAGUGGAAGAAUUCGAUUGCGGGGGAAUGAGGGGGGCUUGCUUCGCAUGCAUAUCAAAGGCUACUGCCGCGUCGGACCCGCGACGAUAACGUCAGCACUCGUACACGUCACAUUGGGCGUGUGCAGCGGUGCUAUUUAACAAUAAAAACUACAAAUGGCGGAACGCCGGCUUUAAUUUACUGUUUUAAUAAUAUUUUUACAUUUAAAUAUGUUUAAAGUUUCCAUAUUUUUGCCUUUUGGAGCAA